GGGGAGCCCGGCGCCGCCGGAACUGCCCGCGGCCUAGUCCCGACGCGCGUGUGCUAGUGAGCAGGAGCCGGGGACGGCGGCAGCGGUGGCGGCCUGGCCUGUGGGGACCCGAGGGGGCCGCUAUCAUGGGGGAGUGACGCGCCUGCGCCCGCUGUUCCGCGGCAGCGGCGAGACAUGAGGAAACCCCGCGGCGGGGGCAGCGGCGGCGGCUCCUGAGCCCCGGGAUGGAGGAGAAAUACGGCGGGGACGUGCUAGCCAGCCCCAGCGGCGGCGGUGGCCUCGGGCCGGUGGACGUGCCCAGCGCUCGAUUAACAAAAUAUAUUGUGUUACUAUGUUUGACUAAAUUUUUGAAGGCUGUGGGACUUUUUGAAUCAUACGAUCUCCUAAAAGCAGUUCACAUUGUUCAGUUCAUUUUUAUAUUAAAACUUGGAACUGCAUUUUUUAUGGUUUUGUUUCAAAAGCCAUUUUCUUCUGGGAAAAGUAUUACCAAACACCAGUGGAUCAAAAUAUUUAAGCAUGCAGUUGCUGGGUGUAUCAUUUCACUCUUGUGGUUUUUUGGCCUCACUCUUUGUGGACCACUAAGGACUUUGCUGCUAUUUGAACACAGUGAUACUGUUGUCAUCUCACUACUCAGUGUUUUGUUCACUAGUUCUGGAGGAGGACCAGCAAAGACAAGAGGGGCUGCUUUUUUCGUUAUUGCUGUGAUCUGCCUAUUGCUUUUCGACAAUGAUGAUCUCAUGGCUAAAAUGGCUGAACACCCUGAAGGACAUCAUGACAGCGCUCUAACUCACAUGCUUUACACAGCCAUUGCCUUCUUAGGUGUGGCAGAUCACAAGGGUGGAGUAUUAUUGCUAGUACUGGCUUUGUGUUGUAAAGUUGGUUUUCAUACAGCAUCCAGAAAACUCUCUAUAGAUGUUGGUGGAGCCAAGCGUCUUCAAGCUUUAUCCCAUCUUGUUUCUGUGCUUCUCUUAUGUCCAUGGGUCAUUGUUCUUUCUGUGACAACUGAGAGUAAAGUCGAGUCUUGGUUUUCUCUCAUUAUGCCUUUCACAACAGUUAUCUUUUUUGUCAUGAUCCUGGAUUUCUAUGUCGAUUCUGUUUGUUCAGUCAAAAUGGAAGCUUGCAAAUGUGCCCGCUAUGGAUCCUUUCCCAUUUUUAUUAGUGCUUUACUUUUUGGAAACUUUUGGACACAUCCGAUAACAGACCAGCUUCGAGCUAUGAACAGAGCAGCACACCAGGAGAGCACUGAACACGUCCUGUCCGGAGGAGUGGUAGUGAGCGCUAUAUUCUUCAUUUUGUCUGCCAACAUCUUAUCAUCUCCUUCUAAGAGAGGACAGAAAGGCACUCUAAUUGGAUAUUCUCCUGAAGGAACACCUCUUUAUAACUUCAUGGGUGAUGCUUUUCAGCAUAGCUCCCAAUCGAUCCCUAGGUUUAUUAAGGAAUCACUAAAACAAAUUCUUGAGGAAAAUGACUCUAGGCAGAUCUUUUACUUCUUGUGCUUGAAUCUGCUUUUUACCUUUGUGGAAUUAUUCUAUGGAGUGUUGACCAAUAGUCUGGGUCUGAUCUCAGAUGGAUUUCACAUGCUCUUUGACUGCUCUGCUUUGGUCAUGGGACUUUUUGCAGCCCUGAUGAGUAGAUGGAAAGCAACUCGGAUUUUCUCCUAUGGGUAUGGCCGAAUAGAAAUUCUCUCUGGAUUUAUUAAUGGACUUUUUCUAAUGGUAAUAGCUUUUUUUGUGUUUAUGGAGUCAGUGGCUAGAUUAAUUGAUCCUCCGGAAUUAGACACACACAUGUUAACACCAGUCUCAGUUGGAGGGCUGAUAGUAAACCUUAUUGGUAUCUGUGCCUUUAGCCAUGCCCAUAACCAUAACCAUGGAGCUUCUCAGGGAAGCUGUCAUUCAUCUGAUCACAGCCAUUCCCACCAUAUGCAUGGACACAGUGACCACGGGCAUGGUCACAGCCACGGAUCUGCAGGCAGAGGCAUGAAUGCUAACAUGAGGGGUGUGUUUCUACAUGUUUUGGCAGACACGCUUGGCAGUAUUGGUGUGAUCGUAUCCACAGUUCUCAUAGAGCAGUUUGGAUGGUUCAUUGCUGAUCCCCUCUGUUCUCUUUUUAUUGCCGUAUUAAUAUUUCUCAGUGUUGUUCCACUGAUUAAAGAUGCCUGUCAGGUUCUACUUUUGAGAUUGCCACCAGAAUGUGAAAAAGAACUACAUGUUGCUUUAGAAAAGAUACAGAAAAUUGAAGGAUUAAUAUCAUACCGAGACCCUCAUUUUUGGCGUCAUUCAGCCAGUGUUGUGGCAGGAACAGUUCAUAUACAGGUGGCAUCCGAUGUGCUGGAGCAAAGAAUAGUACAGCAGGUUACAGGAAUACUUAAAGAUGCUGGAGUAAACAAUUUAACAAUUCAAGUGGAAAAAGAGGCAUACUUUCAACAUAUGUCUGGCCUAAGUACUGGAUUUCAUGAUGUUCUAGCUAUGACCAAACAAAUGGAGUCCAUGAAAUACUACAAAGAUGGUACUUACAUCAUGUGAGAUAACUAAAGGAUUACCUCUGGGGUAUGGACAGUGAAGAUUAAAUUGCUCGGUAUUUAUAAUAUUGCCAGAAGGAAGAAAAUUGCACAUAAUUGUACAGAAACAUUUUGCUGUAUUUGAGACAAAUUCUAAAGUUCCCUGCUAUGGAUCAAGGAAUCUUUCAUAAAGGAAAUUUAAAUACAGAAUGAAGCAUUAAUUGUACAAGUAAAAUAAUUACUUGAAUUAUGUGUAUAAUGAGAAUCUUAAAAUUUGAACAUGAUGUGUUACAUCAUCUUCGAAAAUGAACAUAUAAUGAUGGAUUCUGGUGAAGACCAAAAUUACUUCUGUGUGUUUACUUUCAGAAAACAUCUCCAUUGUAAAUAAUGUAUUUACAUGUUUAUUACAACGACCCAAAUGAAAAAUUUUUAGUCAAUUUUUUGCAUAGCCCUAGGAUAAAAUAGGAAUAAAAGUUCUAUAUUUAUGGAUUUUCUGUAUAUAAAACUGGUUUCUAAUUAUAACUUAAAUCCAUUAUGUAAAAGCUGUAUUGCCACUUUAAAUGUAAACUAAAUUAUUUAGGAGAAACCAACCACUGAAAUGAGACAAGCUGAAAUGAGAAUAGGGAAUUAAAACAUUAUUGAUGUAUUGAAAACCAACCACUCUGUAAAAUAAAUUUUUUUUACUUUUGGUAAUAUUUGCAAAUGAAUAAUUACUUUAUUAGGGUAAAGAAUUUUACCAAGUUGUGUGCAUAUUAUUCGAUCACUUGUCUUCUUCCUCUGUAGUAGAAUGUUCCAUUUCUUGUAAUGCAUCUGCCAUUCCAAGUUGCUUAUCAAGCUGGUAUCCACGCAGUGCUAGGGUUUUCAUCUAUUCGGUUAGCUCCAUAUUUUGUGGAAUAGCCAGUUGAGAGAAUCAUAGAUAAUUGUCAAUUCAUGUUUGAAUUUUCUGCCUUUAGACUAACGUAAUUUUUUUUUAAGUUCUGGAACAUGUAGAUCGAUAAGAAAUAUCAAAGAAAAGGUAGUUAUUUUAAAGUUUAGUAGGUAAAUCUUGUCCAUAAGUACUUGGGCACUAUGACAUCAAAAUACUUACCCUGUAACUACUUUCUAUAGCAAUAUCUAAUUUAUAUUUUUUCAUUUCCAGUUUAAAAUGAAUUUAUAGUCUGAAAAGACUGUAUGAUAAAUAUAUUAUAAUAUAUGCCGUUUUAUGAACACCAAAGAAUGUUGUUCAAAAGACACUUUUGAAUACCUAUUUAUAAACAGGUGAAUAUUUUCAUUCUUAUAAUAGGAAUUUUGAUAAGUAGGAUGAAUUAAUUUUAGUAUGGUUACUAUUUUCUUAUCUAUACCAUAAUGGCAAACAUGUAUUGUAAAUCAUAUUUUUAUCUUACCAAUUUUAAUAUGUGAGAGGUUUUAGAAAUUUGUUAUAAGUUAUUUUGAUAUUCUCUGUCUUAUCUUUACACAUUUUCUGGUCCAGAAUCUUCAAUACAUAUUAAAAUUUUUGAGUGGUGGGAAAAUAAUCGCAUAUUGAUGUUUUAAUGCAAUUUUGGUUUGUUAAAAAAAGUUUUAAAUAGAUAGGUACAAUAAAUAUUGCACCAUUAUCAAAAUUGUCAUUUCCCUUUGGAGGCGUAUAAACAGCAGGAAAGUUAAAUUACUGUGAUGAGAGAUAAGGUGAGAGAGAGGGCAGGGGCUGAAGGUUAAGGGAUUGCAGAUGGAAAGUAGCACCAGUGUUAAGAACACCAGGGUACUAGGUCUAGCUCAUACAAAACCAUGUGAUUUGAGGUAAAUUAGCUUCUCUGAGUAUCUUUUUUUUCCUUAUACAUAAAGUCAGAAUAAAAUUUCAAAAUUGUAGGGUUAUGAGGAGCAAAAGGAAUAAUGUAUGAACAAAUAAUGUAAGGAAAAAAUUUUCUUAAUGAAUUGAAAGUUGAAAAGGGCUAAAUAAAGUUGAGGUUUUCUUACUAUUUUAAAUCUGCCUUUAAAGGUAGCUUUCAAUUUGUCUGUUUUUUUCUAUUAAAAUCAGCAUCCCAAGAGAUUAACUACAUGUUAAAUGUAUGAAUAAGUUCAAAAUAAUACCCCAAACAGUAGCCUGUAACAGUUCAUUCGCACCAAGAAGAAUGGUUAUGGUUGUUUACCACACCUACUAAUUUUUUCCCCCUUCCCUUUAUUCCAAGCAUUGUUUUUCCCUUAUUACCAACUUGGGAGCUCAUGAUUUCCACUUAGAAUUAACUUUACAUCUGUUAUAGUAUAGAUUUAUUGUUCCUUUUACAUAAUAAUUGAUAAAACUUUUGGGGCGCCUGGGUGGCAUCCGACUUCAGCUCAGGUCAUGAUCUCGUCGUGUGAGAGUUCAAGCCCUGCAUCAGGCUCUCUGCUUUAAGCACAGAGCCCACUUGAGGUUCUCUGUCUCUGUCUCCUUAUCUCCCUGCUCA